GAAGACAGUUAACUCUAUCCCAGCUAAAACCAGGACAAUAACUGAGGUUAUUUUCUUCCAGUAUGUAUGUUUCAUACUGUUCACUGAAAGUCAGGUUGGUAUAUAUAUAAAGAGAGAAGAAUUUCCUCUGCACUUGCCAAACUUUUAUUCUGUUUUACUUGCAUGUGUUUAAUCCUUGUGGAGAAAAAGAAGUGAAUCAACAUAAAACUUCUGAGGUUCUGUGUUUUUAUAAGCUAGGACAUUGGUCGUGUUAGGAAGUUCUUAGUAAAACUCACUUGUUCAUCUGCAGUUAUGUGAGGUACCUUUAAUGAAGGAUUGACUCCUGUUAGCCACCUAGUAUUUCUGGAGUAACGCAGCUUUGAGAGGAGUCAGUCUAAAAUUCUUCUAUUUAGAUAGCUAUUUGUAUAAAAUUGCUUUAAUACAUUUUAAGUGACGUGCUAGGCAUUGUCGUUCAAAUGUGCUCCCAAUGCUUCCUUUAAAGGAUCAUUAAUUUAAAGUCAAACCAUGCACAGCAAUACAAGGCAGGUGGGCUCUGGCAAAUCAAAUUCACCUAAAUUCUAGCGUGCUAUGUUGGGCUUUGGAUUUAUUUAUUUUUUAAUACAAAACACUUACAAGCCCUGUGGUGAUCUUUCUGAAUGUAAGUUAAAUAGUAAUUGUGCUGUGAAAUUGAACCUUCCAUCAUCCUUGCUGUGUCUUUGUGGAUACUUACAGUGCAGGGUAAAUAUUAGUACUGCAAACAUUAGAAACCAUUCGGAACUCCCACAGUAAGACAUUGUAAUUAUUUUGGCUUAAAGCUAUCUCAUGUAUGUUCACAGUGUAUGUACUUUUAAAGAAAUAUAAUAAAGGUAAGCACUGCUAAGCGGAGGGUACAGGACUGAGAUUCUAUUUUUAAAUUUAGUUUUGGAAAGACGUAUUGAUUUGAAUAUCUAGUCCUGACACUACAGUAAUGUCUUCAGCAUGGACUCCAUGGGGGUUUGUAAGUACCUGCCCGUGUGGAUUGGACUCCAGACCAAGAUGCGUGUGUCUAGCCGAAAAAUGGCUUUGGUUCGUCUCCCUCUCUCGUGCCGAUACUGCUGUUUUCGGUUUGUGUGGCAUGCCUCAUGGAGCUGAGCGAAUCUGUCGCGUUUUCGUGCGCUAGCAGAUGGGAGUAGGGUUCUUCAUGAAAAUAAUGCAGAUGGGAUCCCUUCUUUAAAACUUAAAUAGAUGGAAGUAGCAGGAGGAUUUUGUAGUGUCUUGUCUGUUUCAGUGGAAAAUAUUCAAAGAAUUUACAAAACUGAAGAUUUGAACCUCAUCUGCUGCUCCCAUUAUAUCAACUGUAAAGCUACUAUGACAAACAAAAAACACUUCAGGACUUGUGGUGCAGAUUUUGAAGGUGACUGAUGCACUUCUGCAAAUUAGUUAUUGCCCAGUUCCAGUUAGCGUCAUGUAUAUGAGACCAUUAAAAUGGAUUUUUUUGUUUCUCCUUGCAUUUUCUGUCAUAACGAUGUGGUACGUGACUUUUUCUUCCAACACUGUCAUUGAGCGUACAAACCUCCUGUAUUUCUAUGAAUAUGAACCGGUUUACAAGCAACACUACCUCUUCACGCUGCGGGAGCGCUUGAAUUGCAAAGACAUAAAUCCCUUUCUAGUCAUCUUGGUGUCUUCAAGACCCAAGGAUGUGAAGUCAAGGCAGGCCAUCAGGAUAACGUGGGGAUCUCAAAACUUCUGGUGGGGACACCAAGUUCUAACCCUGUUCUUACUAGGUGAGGACACUCAAAGAGAAGACGAUGCUGCAGCACUGUCGGUAGAAGAUGAAAGCAUCCUCUAUGGUGACAUAAUUCGCCAAGAUUUCAUGGACACUUACGACAAUCUCACCUUGAAAACAAUCAUGGCAUUUAGGUGGGUUGCUGAGUUCUGUUCAAAUGCUAGGUUCCUCAUGAAGACCGAUGCUGAUGUCUUCAUCAACACUGCUAACUUGGUAAAAUUUCUUCUGAAGCUAAAUUCCUCAGAAAAUAUUUUUACUGGUUAUCCCCUUAUAGAUAACUUUGCCUACAGAGGCUUUUACAAAAAAACAUACAUCUCUUAUGAUGAAUAUCCGUUCAAGUUGUAUCCUCCAUAUUGCAGUGGGAUGGGUUAUAUAUUGGAUGGAAAACUGGCUCUGAGGAUUUAUGAAGUGAUGAGUCAUAUUAAACCUAUUAAAUUUGAGGAUGUUUAUGUUGGAAUUUGCUUAAAUAUACUUAAGGUGAACAUCAGUAUUCCAGAAGAUAAACAACAAUUCUUUCUUUAUAAAAUAAAUUUUGAUAUCUGUAAGUAUAGACAUUUGAUUGCAGUACAUGGCAUUACGUCAAGUGAAAUAAUCAGGUUUUGGCAGGAUUUGUCAUCAAACACGUCAGUUACUUGCCUUUGAUUCUGUAUUAAUAUAUAAACUAAAACCUACUUGGUGUAAAAACGUUUAAAGUCCAGGGCAACACAAACCAAAACCACAGCUGUAGAGACGACUUCGACUGAAGGAGGGCUGCGCUGCCGGGGCAAAACUGCAAUGGCAGCAUUUCUCUGGGACAUUCUAAUAUUCUUAAAUAAAAAUACUGGGAACUCACAAAGCACUUUUCCACGUCUGUAUCCUAGGCAUGCAGGAUACUUUGGAAUGCACUGUCCUGUCUUCCUCUGACACUUCUCCACGUGGUCUGCUGUAACCACGGGAUUUCUACCAGAAUCUUCUGGAAUGUAUGAAAUGUCACCGCGAAUAAAGUUUAUGCCAAGAAACUAGCUCUGAAGAUACCUCCCAAAUUCCUACCUGGAUUUUUAGAACUGUUUUUGCAACUGCAUCAUCCUUUGCCACUCUCCAGUAUUUGUUCUCUGCCCAGCAUGAAACUUAGAACGACCUUCUUUGGAUAUAUCACCUCUGUAAUCCCUGUGAGAGUGUUACACCUUCUUAUUUAAACAUACCACCUCUGUACUGGUUCCGAGAGUGUUACAAGCCUGUGGAUCUUGGGGGGUCUGCAGAAGCUGAUGGGAAAUUCUGAAAACAGGAUGCACUUUGUGCAUGUAUAUGUAUAUACGUAUAAAAUAGAAUUGCUUUGGUGUCUUUGAUAAUGUUCACAGACUACUAGAGGGCUAGCUGCAGUAGCAUUCAUGUGCAGUUCAGUUACUAGACAGCUCUGAUACAUGGGGAUAAUCAAAACCCACGUGUGUACACACAUACCUCUGUGUACAGAUGCAUCCCGAGAGUUCUGGAACCACACAGGGAAGAUUAAAUCGGAUGUAUUUAUAUUGUGACUUCGUUUCUAAAAUAGUUCUCUUUCUUCAAAUUUUAAAAUGAACAAAGUAAGAAAUUCUAAGAUUCAUGUUUCUUAAAGAAAACAAACUCUAGUAUAUCUGUAAAGACGGGUAUUUAAUCACUUUAUUCAUAUCAGCAAGGCCAAGUUUUCAGUAGUUUACACUGCUAAUAGACAACAAUACAGAAUUUGCAAUUGCAUUAACAUAAUUAUUCUUGACACAUCCACUACACAGUGAAGAUACUAUAGUUACAUCCUGUACAUCUAGAAUGACAGAGCACUGCCACCUUAUUUGUACUACAGCUAAGAUGUUAUGACGUAUUUACAUUUGGCUGUCUUUCAGAUAGUCUCUUAGAGACAAAUUAGAAGAGGUGCAGAAACCUCUAGUACCAAGUUUGAGGUUUCACCAGGUUUUUUGUUACAUUGUGAUCAUGGUCAGUAUUGAAUUUUGCUAUCUUUUCAACAACUGCGCAUGGUUUUUUGAUGGAAUUAUAGGACGUGUUAUUUUCUUAGAUAUAAAAAUGAGGUCUUGGGGACAAUACUCUCUAGACAAAUAUUUCAGAUGUCAGUGUUCUAAGAAUGUAUGUUAAGAAGGUCAAAGUUUUUCAAAAAUAGAUUUUUUUUUUGUUAAACUAAAUAGCUAAAGAUACAGUAUUGCAUAACUGAGGGAAGAACGCUAUUGUAUUUCUAGAAACAGAGGUAAAACUACAGCUGUUCCUAUGGUUUUAGGAUCUGUUAUUUGAUUGUUGUACUGUGGUCAGAUCCUGAGAGCUCCGUGAGAAAUGUUUAACUUGUUCUUUGAUUGUUUAUACAUCUUAAAAAAAAACCCUCCAAUUUUUUUUUUAUAAGCCUGCCAUGUUAAAUGUUUAGAAAUAAAUUGUCACAAGAACACUGAUACUACAGCACGGUUUGUAUUGCUUUUUCAAAAAAAAUGUAAUUAUGAAAAACUACGCUAUCUUCAGAAACUGGAUAGAUAAAGCAGACAGUGCUCCUGGUCAGAGAAUAAGAAACGAGUAUCACGGAGAAAUGGCUGUGCAGGACUGCAAUAAAACCAAAACUGUCACCAAGCAGGGUAUUUUUUGUAUUUGUGCCCCAGAAUGAUAACACUGAUCAUAGAUUACAGGGCUUUUCCUUUCACAAAUGGAGGUUUAUACACAGUGAUCUGUUGAUGCCGCCUGAAAUUGUAACCUAAAAUGACAUCAAUUCUGCAAGAAAUUUACAUUGUAAAAUAA